CAUACUCGUCUGGCAUAGCCGUCGCUGUUCCCAUCGGAUCCCAAAGACUCGCCUACGCUCACCUUUUCGCAAAAUCAUGAAGACGAUCGCAGUUUUCGCCGCCUUGAUGGCCUGCGCCCUGGCCGCGCCACAACAGCUCCAAUCCCGUGGCUCCGUCAAGUACAACGACGCCGAGACCUACCUGGUCCGCGAGACGCCCAGCGACAACAUCGGCGUCGACGGCUACCAGUUCGCCUACGAGCUCAGCGACGGCCAGACCCGCCAGGAGAAGGCCGAGUUCAUCGCCCCGCGCAACGCCAACGAGGAGGGCAUCCUCCGUGUCACCGGCUCCUACAGCUACUACAACCCCUACGACGGCCAGACCUACACCGUGACCUACGUCGCCGACGAGAAUGGAUUCAGGCCCACCGGCGCCCAUCUGCCAAAAUCCGUAGUUUAA